AUGGUAUUGCUUUUUGCAUUGAAACUUUUCGUUUCGUCACUGAAACCAUUGCCCACUGACUGCUGGUGGGAUGGAUGGCCCAUCAGUUCCAGUUUGAUUCUAUCGCGCAUCGGACGCCGUCUACGCGAGCUCGUGCAGCUCUGUGCUCGACGCGGUUAUUUAUGUGUUAAUUCCCCCCAAAGUGACCUUGGAAGCAAUUUGAACGAGACCUAUGCAAUGGUGCCUUUGUUGAUGCUGAUAUCGCUGGUGGCCGCCACCCUAAUAUGGAUUCUGAGUACGGUUGUUAAAAAUUUGCUCGUCGUUCGGGAGCUGCAACGUAAGUUGCCGACCUUCAAGACAAUUCCAGCGGUGCCCGUGUUGGGCAGUACGCUUCUCUUUAAAAAUGACCGCGGACCGUCGGACAUCUUCGCCACCUUUACCAACUUUCAUCGCCAGUAUGGUAACGACAUAAUCGCACAAACCCUGUUCAAUGCACCCGCGCUGCAGAUUACAAGUGCCAAAGUCGUGGAGCAAGUGCUUCAUGCGCGGACGAUUAAAAAAUCCAUUAUCUACGAGUUUAUGCGACCCUGGCUUAAGGAGGGUUUGGUGACAUCGCUGGGAAAGAAGUGGGCUCAGCGAAGACGCAUUAUUACCCCGGCGUUUCAUUUCAAAAUUCUGGAAGAAUUUCUGGGAAUAUUCAAGGAGCGGAGUGAAGUAUUCGUAGACAAGCUCAAAGAUCAGGUAAACAAGGGAGAUUUUAACAUUUACGAACACGUGACGCUCUGCACGCUGGACAUCAUCUCGGAAUCGGCCAUGGGGGUAAAGCUGAAUGCUCAGGACGAUCCGAAUUCUUCGUAUGUUCAAGCUGUUAAAGAAAUGUCGGAUAUCAUCUUUCGUCGGUUGUUUAGUGCUUUGCGAGAUUACAAAAUAUUUUUCCUGAUGAGCCAGGCAGCACAACGGCAACGGGAGGCUUUGAAAAUUCUGCACAAGUUCACAGACUCCGUCAUUUUGCAGCGGAAAGCACAGCUUGACGAUGAAAAAUCGAAACAAGUAACACAACAGAAAAUGGAAGAAACUGAUAUCUACGGGAAGCGCAAAAUGACCUUACUGGAAUUGCUGCUGAACGUAUCCGUCGAGGGGCAUGCUCUGACCAACUCAGAUAUUCGCGAGGAAGUAGAUACCUUUAUGUUCGCUGGGCACGACACAACAACCUCUUGCAUCAGUUUUUCGGCGUAUCACAUUGCCCGGAAUCCAGAAAUUCAGCAAAAACUGUAUGAUGAAAUGGUGCAAAUCAUCGGUGCGGACUUCAAAAACGCCGAGCUAACCUACAGUGCACUGCAGGAGCUUAAAUAUCUGGAAAUGACCAUCAAGGAAGUCCUCAGGAUCCACCCGUCCGUUCCAAUAAUCGGACGGAAAUCCGCCGGUGACAUGACGAUCGACGGUCAGCUGGUACCGGCCGGUGUGGAUAUUGCGGUCAUGAUCUACGCAAUGCACCGCAAUCCGGAUGUUUUCCCGGAACCGGAUAAGUUCGAUCCGGAGCGGUUCAACGAAGAGAACAAUGCCAAACGGCAUGCGUACAGCUACAUCCCGUUCAGUGCGGGGGCGAGAAAUUGCGUUGGACAGAAAUACGCGCUGUUGGAGAUUAAAGCGACGCUCGUCAAGUUGCUUGGCCAUUAUCGGUUGUUGGCAUGUGAUUCGGAGAAUGAGGUCAAGAUCAAGUCCGACAUGACGCUACGUCCUGUUAAUGGAACGUUUUUGAAAAUUGUGGCGCGAUAGAUUGUUGUAAUAAAGAGAUACCUAAUUGAA